UCCGUGUUGUAUAUCAUCAUUUUAUACGUAGAGACAAAUUGCAGUUUUAUGGCAUUAGCAAUGAAUGUUAUUUAGUAGAUUCGGCAACAUCGAACGAUUCUUUCUCCUAUAGAAAGGGGGGUAUUCAAGAUUCAAGUUUCACAUUACAAUAAUUGUGUUAUGAAAUGAGUAAAAGUUUAUAAGACUUUAUUAUAUCAAAAAAUGGAAAAUUCAGAUAGUAUUAUUUCAGGACUUUCUAAAUCAAUAGGAACAACAGAACCCGCACUUAAAUUGUUGUUGGCCAUUUUAGCUGGGUAUCCAUUGGCGUUUAUACACAGGAAAUACAUUUACAAUAAAGAUCGCAACUUGCAGCAUAUAUUUUUUAUCAUCUCCGGAUUUACUUUAGGAUAUUGUAAUUUUGGGAAAAGUAUAUUCCACAAUGUAUUUGCAACAUUUUUCACAUAUUGCACAUUUAUUAUCCUCAAAGGGACGGCACUUAGUGUCGCUAUUGUGUUUGUAUUUAACUUGGGAUAUCUACUUAUAGGUUACUUUUAUACAAGUACCGGAGAUUAUGAUAUAACUUGGACGAUGCCACAAUGUAUCCUCACCCUUAGAUUAAUAGGUGUAGCUUUUGAUUUGUAUGAUGGGCACCAACCUGUUGAAACGUUGUCCAAUGAUAGUAAAAAGUUGGCACUUGUUCAAAAACCCAGCAUCCUUGAGAUAUUCGGUCACGCUUUUUUUCCGUCUUCAUUUCUCAUUGGCCCCCAGUUUUCAAUGAAAAGAUACUUGGAAUUUGUUGACGGCCAGUACAAUAGCAAGCAUGGUCCACCAGAUAGUAUUCAAGCAGCUGUUAAGCGAUUUGGUAUUGGUGCAUUGUACUUGGGAAUCUUCCAAUUAUUAGGUUCGAUUGUAUCUGAUGAUUAUUUGUUGUCAGAUGAAUACGGUCAAUCAUGUUUUUUCAAAAAAAUGUUUCUACUGGGAUUAUGGGGAAGAUAUACUUUGUAUAAGUAUAUAUCUUGUUGGCUUUUGACGGAAGGAGCCUGUAUUCUAUUUGGUAUAUCCCAUAACGGCUUAGACGAAAAAGGACAUGUACAAUGGAAUGGAGUAGAAAAUAUACGGUUAUACGUUUUUGAAAACACAACUGAAUUUAACGAUUAUAUUAAAUCGUUCAACGUAAAUACAAAUAACUGGAUCGCACAAUAUAUUUACAAAAGACUGAAAUUUUUGGGAAAUAGACAAGUUAGUCAAUUGGUUUCCUUGUUAUUCUUAGCAUUGUGGCAUGGUUUUCAUGACGGAUAUUACGUUUGCUUCUUUUUCGAGUUUAUAGUGAUUCUAAUGGAAAGAGAUAUUAAAUCCAUCGUGAAUUCCGAUGAAUCUCUGAAGAAGUUCUUCGCAUUGCCGCAAAUACAAAUACCACUUUAUAUUAUCCUGAGGAUAUACACCUUCGUAUUCAUGGGAUUCUGCUUGUUACCUUUUGCAUUUUUAAACUUUAAGAGAUAUUUCAAAACUUAUUCAAAUACCAACUAUGUAGGUAUUAUUGUUUUCGUAAUGUGGCCCUUAAUAUAUAGUCCUCUUAUAAAGUUUGCUCUUAACAAAUAUCGAAAAAAACAAAAAUGAACAGUAUUUAUCUUGAACUUGAAUCGUUUUUGUAGAAAUUAUAGUAUUCCUUUAAAAAUAGAAAAUGUUACCGUGAAGUAGUGCUCUCCAAAAAGCAAACAUUUAAAACUCCAAUAUAAUUUCGUUUACAACAAAUCAAAUUUAUAAUGAGUAUUUUUAUAAAUAUGAAAUGUGCCACAGAAAUGUAACUUUCUUUUAAACGUACUUAAAAUGUGCAAUAUCUUUUUACUCGAGGCCUAGAAGAAGAAUUCUUCAUGAAUCGUUUUCGAGUAUAAAGUGAAUAUGUGGAAAUAUAUUUUCAUUCAUUCAUUCAUUCAUAUGUCGUCUAAUAUUGAUAAUUUUUGCUUAUUUGUCUUUCUUGUUCCCGUUAAGUACUGACCAGUAGUAUUUAUAUUAAAAGUUGAUUCUAUUUUAUCAAUGUUAGGACAGAGCUUGAUAUUUGUUUGUUGGUAUUACCAGAUUGUUCAUCAUAUAUUGCUCUUGUUAGAGGUUAUUUGAAAUGAGUAAAGAAAGUUAUUUAUGAUGAUAUUUUUGGUGAUAUUUCGAUAUAUUGAAUUGUUGGUCUGUGGUGUUUAUUCGAUCUUGUAAUUCACAUAAAAAUUUUCCUUUUUUUUAUUUUAUUAUUCACAAAAACUUUAAUGGCCAUUUUUUAGUAGCUUUUGAAAAUUGUAUAUGUUUGCCUCAUCUCGUUUCUUAUAUACCUAUUAGAUGAUUCUCCUAGUUCGGGGAUUCACUUCUGCGUUUUUAUAUCUCAGAUCUAACGUGUUUCUUCUAUAAUUGAUAGGCUCCUUAGUAAUUCUAUCUCUUUCGACGUUCGUUUGUGUAUCCUCGUUCUGCAUUUCGUCCAAAUGUCAAUGCUCUAUGGUUUCCUGAGGUGUCGUCUGAAUAUUGCUUGUUAAUAUAUCAGGAUUAUCUUGUUUAUUCAGAAAACACUCAUUUUAUACGUAUUUCUUCACAUUUGUUUUGAUCGAUCUACUGUUUCUACUUCUGCUUGAGGCUGGAAAUCUCUUGUGAUUUUUUUUAGUGUUUUGUAAAAUUUUCUGUUUACCUUCUUUAUCGUCUUCAUGUUCUUUCAAAAUCUUUUUGCUUCUGUAUUAUUCAAAAUCUAUUUGUUGUUCUAUUUGUGUUAUUUUCUUUAAAAUUUUUUUGCUUUUCUAUUAGUGUUAUAUUCUGUCAAAAUCUUGGUUUUUCUGUUCGAGUUGUCUUCUUUCAAAAUCUGUUUGCUUUUAUAAUCAUGUUAUCUUCUUUCACAAUAUUUUUGAUGUUCUAUUCAUGUUGUCUUCUGCAUCAAUUUUUUUCUUGCUUUUCUUUUCGUUUUAUCUUCUUUCAAAAAUCUUCUUGUUGUUCUAUUCGUGUUAUCUUUUUUAACAAUUUUUUUGCUUUUCUAUUCGUAUUAUGUUCUGUCAAAAUAUUUUUGUUUUUUUAUUCGUGUUAUCUUUAUUCAAAAUCAUUUUGUUUUCAUGUUAGUAUUAACUUUUUUAAAAAUCUUUUUUCUAUUCAUGUUAACUUUUUCUGCUAUCUUUAUUUUACUUUUCUAUUCAUGUUAUCUUCUUUCACAAUAUUAUUUAUUUUCUGUUUAGGUCUUCUUCGCUGCUAGGAAAUACAAUUUCUCUAGAAUUGUUCUUCUGUUACAUAGUUUCUCUACACUCUUUAUAAAAUCUGGUUUCAUUCGUAUUUAUUUUCAAAGGUUUCUGUUGGACUAUCGAUAAUUGGUUCUUCCAUUAUAUUAUUGCACAUUGCGAUUACCAUUUUCAGUAUAUCAUUCGUCCAGUCAAUAAAUAAGACUGAUUAUGUUAAUCCGUCCAAUUUUAUUUUGAAAUAUUGUAUUUCAUAUUAAUAUGUGUUUUUAGCAAUAAUGAUGGAGAGCACUUCUUGAGAAAUGAUUUUAUGGUACAUAAAUAAAUAUAUUAAAAAAUACAGUUCACAAUGUGCUUGUGUCAUUAUAAUCUGUUCUGUACACAGUAAAAGUAAAAAAAAAUCAAUUGAUAUAUACAGUGUGUCGCAUUGAAGAUAAAUAUAUCUCUAUGUUUUCUUUAUUUAAUGAAUUUGAGAUUUUUACACAAAACCUCGGUUAAUAGGCUUUAAUCUUCUGACGAACGCAACAUUUAAUUUUAUCCAAGUUGUGAUUUGAUGAGGUUGAUCAUUAUGAUAGAUUUUCAACCAUCUGUUAUGUUUUUGUCUUUAUAAAAAACAAUUUAACAAAGAAUUUGCAUGUGUAAUUAAUAUUUGUCUUAAUUCUUGGUAAUAUUCGUUCUUCCUAACAGAAAAUUAAUAGAAAUUUACUAAUAGAGUGAAAAAAACUUUAAUUUUUUGUUGGAACGAGUGCAUUAUAAUUAUUAUUCUGAGGUUGUGUAGUAGUCUUUCUACAAGGUGAAUUAUAUCAGUAAAACAUUUUCCGAAAAUUAUUUUUCUCUAAUCUCAUCAUAAAAUUAAUUUUAGAAAUAUUAUUUGGCUGAAAUAUGUUUAAGUAUUGAAUUCAGUAUUAGUUUCAAGUUGCAUUCGUUUGACUUAAUACACAAUUUCCAUGAUCUUGUUAGUCAAUUACAAUUCAUGUAAUUGGUUUUGUUAAGCGAAAACAAUAAUGUUCCUUUUACCAAAUUUACUUAAUUUUUAUAAGAUGAAUAGUUAUGACAAUCACCUGUUGCAUUACGAAAACAGUUGAUUUUAAUUUGUUGAGAAGAUGUAUCAUCAUGAAACCUCUUGUAUUAUAGAAUCAUAAUAAUAUGGGGUGUAGAUAUUUAAAAACUAAAUAAGUAUAAGCUUGUAGGAAGAUAAUUUUAUAUGAUUUUAACAGUACGAAUAAGAAAAGUGAUAAAAUG